AUGGCCGAUAGAAGAAUCAAUCUUGAUUUGAAAAAAACCAAAGGCGAAGGUGAAAAUGCUGAAAAUAAGGAUUGGUCGACUCUUCUUCCUGAGCUUUUGAUAUUAAUUAUGUCUCGCCUCAUUGUGAAAGAUAACAUUUGUGCUUCUGCGGUUUGCAAAGCGUGGUAUAAAUCUGGUGUCUCUAUUCAGAAGAAGAAUAGACAUUUAUGGUUUAUGAAAUACCCACUAAAUUCAAGAAUCAAAAGGCCAUGUGAGUUAUACGAUCCUUCUCAAGAUAUGACAUACAUUAAGGAGUUUCCUGAAAUAGCAUGCAUGGGAAUUUACUACUCAAAAGAUGGUUGGUUGCUUAUGCAUAAAGAUGGUUCAUCUGAGAUGUUCUUCUUUAAUCCAUUUACUCGUAAGCUCAUCGGUCUACCUACUUGUAGCUAUAACGAAUGCGCUAUUUUCACUUGCGCACCUACAUCUGAUAAUUGUUUGGUUUUCGGGUUGACGAACAUCGACUUCAACAACAAUAUAGUCGCGGUCAAGACUUUUAAGGUCGGCGAAACCGAAUGGAAGACGUAUCGUUUCAUGAGUCCUGAAUGUUUCUUCGCUAAUUACGACAAAGUUAUCUUCUCAGGAGGUCUCUUUUAUUGUCUUGGUGGAUUUGGUUCGUUAGCGGUUUUCGAUCCAUCCAACGAAACUUGGAACCCUCAUUGCCUAAAAUAUUACAAAGGCUUCAAACUUUCGGCAGCAUCAUGGUUUGGAAUUUAUUUUGUAGAGAUCAAAGGAGAUAUUUUUCUCCUAAAAACUUUGGGUGGUGAGAAGCCGCAGUUGUUUCAACUUAACCGUGAUGGAGGUUGGAUAUGGGAAGAGAAAGACAGAUUUGAAGAGGGGUUAACGAUUUUUGGAGCUUCUCUUGCAUCCGAGUUUAAAUCAGACCUCCCAAAUGACAUGAAGGAUAAACUAUUUUUAUCUCACUCACAUCAUCCAAAGAUUAAUACUUAUUUCUUUGGUGAAGUUUAUCGAUCAAACGUCGCCGUGUAUGACUCGCCGGAAGGUGUGGAGGUCCGAGGACGGUACGACCAAGUGUUCGCGAAGAUUCUGACCAGAGAUGCUCUUGGUUUUGUGGCUGAGUUACAAAGAGAGUUUCGUGGACACGUGAGAUAUGCAAUGGAGUGUCGGAGAGAGGCAAAACGGCGUUACAACUCCGGUGGUGUUCCUUCCUUUGAUCCUUCCACUAAGUUCAUUAGAGACGGUGAUUGGGUUUGUGCCUCUGUUCCUCCCGCCGUUGCUGACCGGAGAGUUGAGAUAACCGGUCCGGUCGAGCGGAAGAUGAUCAUCAAUGCUCUUAACUCCGGAGCUAAAGUCUUCAUGGCUGAUUUCGAGGACGCAUUGUCUCCGAGCUGGGAGAAUCUAAUGAAAGGACAAGUGAACUUGAAAGAUGCAGUGGAUGGUUCCAUUAGCUUCCACGACAAGGCAAGGAACAGAGUUUACAAGCUCAACGACCAAACCGCUAAGCUUUUUGUCCGGCCACGAGGUUGGCAUCUUCCGGAGGCUCAUAUCCUCAUCGACGGUGAACCGGCCAUCGGAUGUCUUGUAGACUUCGGUCUUUACUUCUUCCACAACUUCGCCAAAUUUAGACAGACUCAAGGUUCCGGUUUCGGACCCUUCUUCUAUCUCCCCAAAAUGGAACAUUCUAGGGAAGCAAAGAUAUGGAACAGUGUGUUCGAGCGAGCUGAGAAGAUGGCUGGUAUAGAGAGAGGAAGCAUUCGGGCCACGGUGUUGAUCGAGACCCUCCCGGCUGUUUUCCAGAUGAAUGAGAUACUAUACGAACUGCGUGAUCACUCGGCCGGUUUAAACUGUGGAAGAUGGGAUUAUAUCUUCAGCUAUGUCAAGACCUUCCAAUCUCACCCUGACCGGCUCUUACCAGACCGUGUCCUAGUCGGUAUGGGCCAGUAUUUCAUGAGAAGUUACUCGGAUCUUCUCAUCCGUACUUGUCACAAGCGCGGUGUCCACGCAAUGGGUGGAAUGGCGGCUCAAAUUCCGAUAAGAGAUGACCCGAAAGCGAAUGAGAUCGCAUUGGAUCUAGUGAGGAAAGAUAAGCUAAGAGAAGUAAGAGCAGGGCAUGAUGGUACAUGGGCGGCUCAUCCAGGACUCAUACCAAUCUGCAUGGAAGCAUUCACAGGGCACAUGGGCAAAACUCCAAACCAAAUCAAAUCAAUGAAGCGAGAAGACGCAUCCGCGAUAACAGAGGAAGAUCUGCUUCAAAUACCGCGAGGUGGGCGUACACUCGAGGGUCUAAGGCUGAACACACGAGUGGGAAUCCAAUACUUAGCUGCGUGGUUAACAGGAUCAGGAUCUGUCCCACUCUAUAACCUAAUGGAAGACGCGGCUACGGCCGAGAUAAGCCGUGUCCAGAAUUGGCAAUGGAUUAGGUAUGGAGUUGAAUUGGACGGGGACGGUCUUGGAGUUCGAGUGAGUAAAGAAUUGUUUGGGAGAGUUGUGGAAGAGGAGAUGGAGAGGAUUGAGAAAGAAGUUGGGAAAGACAAGUUUAAGAAAGGAAUGUAUAAGGAAGCUUCCAAGAUGUUUACAAAGCAGUGUACUGCAACUGAGCUUGAUGAUUUUCUUACACUUGCUGUUUAUAAUCACAUUGUAGCUCACUACCCAACCAAUGUCUCUAGGCUUUGA